GCUUUUUCUAUCUCUAACCCUUUUUCUCUGAGUCUGAAUCUGUCUAUAUAUAGCCAGCUCCCCUCUCCCUCCCCUCCUUACAAAAGUAUAUGAGCAAUGGUUGAAGAAGCCGAGCAUGACAGCAGCUUGUUGUGGAACGACGAUCAAUCAUGGGCCUUUCCAGUUCUUCCGGUUCACGAUAAUGGCGGCAAGCUACUCAUAGACGGCGGCAAGAUAUUAUUGUCGGAUGGCGCCGCCGUUUCUGAGCAAGCGGCGAAUGACAAGGGGAAGAAGAGGAGUGGUUGUGGCAGCGGCGAGUCUGAUGAUCACGAUCACGAUCACGAGCUGCAUAUAUGGACGGAGAGAGAGAGGAGGAAGAAGAUGAGGAAUAUGUUUGCCACCCUCCAUUCUUUGAUUCCCCACCUCCAUCCCAGGGCAGACAAGUCGAGCAUAGUUGAUGAAGCAGUGAUCCACAUCAAGAAUAUGCAGCAAACUCUGGAAGAUCUUGAAAAGCAGAAGGAGGAAAAGCUGAAAGGUGGGCAAUCCCGAGAGGCAUUUCUAGCUGAGCAGGGAUCCACAAGCCAAAGCCAGCUGCAACCCAAUGCGAAUGCCAACGGUUUCUUCUUCAAAACAUGGACUUCUCCGAAUGUAGUGAUGAAUGUAUGUGGGAAUGAUGCCCACUUCAAUAUUGUUUGCAGCCCUAUAAAGCCCGGCCUCAUGACUUAUGUUGUGUUUCUCAUGGACAAGUACAACCUCCACCUCGUCUCUGCUCACGUCGCCUCCGAUCCCACCGCGCGUACCUACAUGCUUCAUACCCGCGCAAAUGGAAUUCCGCAGCAGUUCCCUGAGGCGGCAUCAUUUCUUGUGGAGGAAACGUACAAGCAAACUGCAACUGAGCUCAUGCUUUGGAUUAAUUCCUAAAUUUUGAAUUUCAACAAAGGAAUUCCUAAAUAUCAAAGUUAUCUUGAAUGUCAUGCUAAGAUAUAUAGCUAGUAUUUAUCAUGUAAUGAAUUAAUUAAUAUCUUAAUUAAAGUCUUCUCUUUAGAUU